AGAAGUAGUCGCAUUUUUAUACGUCUUUAAAACCGAGUGACUUGUAUUUCAUAAUUUUGCAUCAAACAAGCGGUCCGGAAAAACUACCCCAAGUGCUACCAUUUUCUGCGUAGUUCAAUCGGCACAACUUAAAGUGUGAAUAACGAUUAUUAUUUGCCGAAAUCCAGUGAUACCAGUAGUGUUAUCAGAGACAGAUUUGGAAUUUAUGGCAUGUUGAUUGGACUUCAUUUGGUAGAGCGCAUAAUUCGGAGGUCAAACGUACACAAAAUAUGAAAACUGGAUUUAAUUUACAGCCGGAAAAUGCUCCGUUAGAAUUGAUUCCGUCGCCCAGAAUAAUGUGGUCAUCCCCUGUACCGAUUGACACAUCACUGUAUGACUAUCCAACCGAGGUAUGGGACCAAAUACCGGACAGAGACAUUAUCAUCAAGCUGACGGUGCUGAUCCCGAUUGUGUUGUUCGGGAUUCUGGGCAACAUCACGCUGCUGGAAAUCGUUCUCUCGAAUCGUACCCUGCGAACUUCGACCCAUUUGCUGAUCGCGAAUCUUGCUUUAAUCGAUCUUGUCACCCUUGUCCUGUGCCCUCCGAUGUUUCUUCUGCACGACAUCCACCAGAGGUACGUGCUGGGUCAGAUCGGCUGCAAGGUAGAAGGAUUUGUCGAAGGUGGUCUGCUGAUCACAUCGAUUCUAGCGCUGUGCGUGGUCAGCUACGAUCGGUUAGCGGCCAUAGUGCUUCCAGCGAGAGCAAGAAUGACACGGAACUGUGUCAUCCUUGCCAUCGUACUAUGCUGGGCUUUAGGAUUUGCCGCCGCUUUACCGCUGGCCAUCUAUCGCAACUACCGGGAACGAAACUGGGCCAAUUUUCGUGAAACUUACUGCUCCGAGAACCACGAAGUUAUGCCCAUCUACUGGGACUACAUUGUGGUCCUGUUGGUGUGGAUGCCACUGGGGGUAAUGGUAGUGACCUACAGCGCCAUUUUGUACAAGCUGGAUCGGUACGAAAAGGAGGCACUAAACCGGGAGCAUCCGAUGGUUGUCCGGUUCAAAAGCCGAGUUGUGAAGACACUGUUUGUCGUGCUGAUGACGUUCGUCGUAGUACGGAUUCCGUUUACGAUAAUGAUUAUGGUUUACUAUAAAAAUGUAGACGAUUCCAACAAGUUCAAGGUCAACGAUAAUAUUGUUUUACUCUGGUGGUUGGCUAAGAUGGCGUUCAUAUUCUUGUAUUCGGCCAUGAAUCCUGUGAUAUAUGGCUUGACAAACAGAACGUUCCGGAAAGCUUAUAAGAGUUCAAAGAUUCUGGGUACUCUUUUGCGGUUGAGUGAAAAUACUGAAAAGUCUCCGCAAGAAAAACCCGUGGCAACCUCCCGUAAAGCACUUUGGCCUCGAGAACCAUGCGAAGGUGGUAAAACGAAUAAGGAAAAUAGGAUGUAUUGGGGUAGUAGAAACAGAUACAUUGUUGCAAACUGGUUAAACUCUACCAUAAGAUAUAAGGACAAACGUCGCAGUGUUGCAAAUCAGCGUGAACAAAAUAAUCCUCCUGCAGCGAACAACACAAAAUCCUCUGAAAUGGUACCGAACAACUAGCAGCUAAGAUUUAGUCAACCUGUGGUGCGUUA